CAUGGCGGAAUGUGUUCGACUUGACAGCAGCACAAGUAGUCACACCAUGGAUAAAAGCAUUACCCUGCCGCCAGACGAGAUAUUCCGCAAUUUGGAAAAUGCAAAGCGGUUUGCAAUUGACAUAGGCGGAUCACUAACGAAACUUGCUUACUACUCUACGGUGCAACAUAAAGUGGCCAAAGUGCGAUCUUUCGACCACUCUACAAAGGAGGCUGCCAGUGACAAGCUGUAUGAAAUAUCAGUGCAGGAGGAAGUCACUGCACGCCUGCACUUUAUCAAGUUUGAAAAUGCGUACAUCGAAACAUGUUUGGACUUCAUCAAAGACCAUCUGGUCAACACAGAAACCAAAGUUAUCAAAGCCACAGGUGGAGGAGCACACAAGUUUAAAGAACUCAUUGAGAGAAAACUCGGACUCAAAGUGGACAAAGAGGAUGAAAUGACGUGCCUCAUUAAGGGCUGCAACUUUGUGCUGAGACACAUUCCCCAUGAGGCAUUUGUGUACGCAAAACAUGCCGACUCAGAGUUUCGCUUUCAGACGACCCACCCGGAUAUCUUCCCCUACCUGCUCGUAAACAUUGGCUCUGGUGUAUCCAUAGUCAAGGUUGAAUCCGAGGACAAGUUUGAGCGAAUAGGAGGAAGCUCGAUAGGUGGAGGGACAUUUUGGGGCCUUGGAGCUCUACUCACCAAAACAAAGAGAUUUGAUGAGUUGCUACAGUUGGCCUCCAAAGGGCAGCACACAAGUGUCGACAUGCUGGUGAAAGAUAUUUAUGGAGGAUCUUAUGGGUCUUUGGGCUUGACUGGAGAUCUUAUUGCAAGCAGUUUUGGAAAGUCUGCAACUGCUGACAAAGAGUUUUCUAAAGAAGACAUGGCGAAGAGUUUACUCCACAUGAUCAGUAACGACAUCGGACAGCUGGCCUGUCUGUACGCAAAGCUGCACAACCUGUCCAGAGUUUAUUUUGGAGGUUUCUUCAUCAGAGGACAUCCUGUAACCAUGCACACCAUCACCUACAGCAUCAACUACUUCACAAAGGGUGAAGUUCAGGCCUUGUUCCUGAGACAUGAGGGUUAUCUGGGGGCUAUUGGAGCUUUUCUUAAAGGAGCAGAAGAGGACAAUCCAAACCAGUACAGCUGGGGGGAGAAUUAUGCAGGAAGCUCCGGCUUGAUGAGCGUUUCCCCGGAUAUGAAUCCCAUGCAGCGUGCACGGAGUGGAACGUUUCCUUUCGACAUGUUGGAGAUGGACCGUCUAGAGAGGCAACUGGUGAAUCUGCCCCUGCUUCAGGAUCCUUCAUCCUACAUCCCAGACACUGUGGACCUCACAGAGGACGCCUUAGCCCGCGAGUACUGGCUCUACUGUUUCGAAGAUGCCCUAGAUGGGGUGGUAAAGAGAGCCAUAGCGAGCCAGCCCGACAUGCCAGAGGCGGCGGAGCGAGCCGAGAAGUUCCGUCACAAAUACCGACACAAACUUCAGACCCUCCGACACCAGCCUUUUGCUUAUGGAUCCCUCACUGUCAGAAGUCUGUUAGACACGAGGGAACACUGUUUAAACGAGUUCAACUUUCCUGAUCCCUACUCCAAGAUCAAGCAGAGGGAGAACGACGUAGCUCUGAAAUACUACCAGAAGGCCGUGAAGUCUCUGGACGAGCUGAGCUGGGAGGAGAGACAGUUUGCUCUCGUCCGGGGCGUCUUGGCUGGGAAUGUGUUCGACUGGGGAGCCAAGGCCGUGUCAGAUGUCCUUGAGUCUGAUCCUGAGUUUGGGUUUGAGCAGGCGAAACGACAGUUGGAAGAGCGGCCUUGGCUCAUUGAUUCCUAUGACCAGUGGUUUGAGAGGCUUAAGGGUCCUCCUCAUAAGUGUGCCUUGUUUUUCGUAGACAACAGUGGAGUAGACAUCAUUCUAGGAGUAAUGCCUUUCGUCAGAGAGCUUCUUUCCCGAGGAACAGAGGUUGUUUUAGCCAGCAACUCUGGUCCAGCUCUAAACGACGUCACCAAUGGUGAACUUCAAAUUUUGACUGAAAGGAUAGCAGCCAUGGAUCCGGUCAUUCACUCUGGCCUUGUUGAGGACCGGUUGACGUUGGUCCAGAGCGGUUCAAGUUCACCCUGCUUAGAUCUGAGCCGUUUAGACAAAGUCCUGGCUAACGUGGUCCGCGAGCGUAAAACCGACCUGGUUAUCAUCGAAGGAAUGGGCCGAGCCAUCCACACCAACUACUACGCCAUGCUGAGCUGCGAGAGCCUCAAGAUGGCCGUCAUCAAGAACUCGUGGCUGGCCGACCGGCUGGGUGGGAAGCUGUUCAGUGUCGUCUUCAAGUACGAGGUACCAGCCGGAAAACCGAGCCAGAACAAUGCAGCUCAGACGCUGUCAUGAGCGAAUCAUCAUAGCUCUUAUUUGAGCGGGACUGAAUGCCGAAGAUGAGCGACCAGAACGGAUCAGCUGGAGCUCUGAAUGUAUGGAGGAGGAUCGUUUACUGCCACUGAGUGAGUGACUGAAUGCAACGCUGAUUGUUAAAUGUGGGUGGAUUUUAAAGGUGAGCAUUAACAUGAAGGAUUUACUCUGUUUCAAAGAUUUGUUUGCAAAGCUUCCUUGCAGGUUUUUGUCUGAUAUUCUGCACAAUCACUUUCUUAAGCAUCAUCUUCAGCAUUUGGAGUUUGACAUCACAUCAGUAAACUUUUACAGGCUGUGUGAGAAAUGAGUGAAAAUCAGUACUUCAUUUUGGACUGUUCUGCAUCAAUUUGUUAACAUGCUGCCAACACACAUCACUGAGCACCAGUAUGAGGCUAAUGAGAUUCUCUCAUUGCUGAGUGUGUUAGAGAGGGAAGGCUGCAGCUGUGACACUUUAACAUAAAGUGUGUUUAAUGUGCCUUGAUGUUGAUGUGAUAAAAGCAUCGUUCAUGUUGAUUUAAAUGCUUUUAAUUUCUGUUGAAAGCUGCAAAAAAACCCCGCAAACAUCUGCUUCUGUUUGACAGCAAUUUCACGCCAAACACAAGAGAGAGUCCAUAAAUGUUGUGUUUUUGUUUUUACCACUGCCAGAGAAUGAAUGAGGUGAAAUAAUUUUUGUUGUCACUCGUGUAGCUGUUAAAGUGACAUCAGGGAAAAAUAUGUGAUCAGAGGGAGAAACAGCACUUUAUCACAAAGAGAUUUUCCUUUCUCCACAAGGUGGCAGUAUUCGACUGUAACUAGUUUUUUUAUUUCAAUGAUUUCUCAAAUCUUAUCUGAGGUGCUUGGUGUCAGAAUCAACACUGCAUAUUUCAGGUGAAAUAUUCUCAGAUCAAAGCAUCACGAAGAACUUUAUCCUCCUUUAGCUGGCUGUGGCACUAAUCCAUGGAUCAAAUACAAACCACAGUUCCAAAAAAGCUGGGACGCAGUGCAAAAUAUGAACCAGAAAACAGUGAUUUGCAGACCCUUUUCAACCUUUAUUCAGUUUGAUAUGGGACAAAGGCCAAGACAUUUUAUAUUUACACUGGUAAUCUUUUUCUCUUAAUGUUGCCUGCAAUAUGUUCAAAAAAGUUAGGACAGUAGUAUUUUUACAUCUGUGUUUCACACUUUUUCCUCUAACAACACUCUGUAUGUUGACUGGGACUGAAUACAGUAAAUGUUUAAAUACUGAAAAUAGAAGUCCUUUCCAUUCUUGUUUGAUGCCCAGUACUGUGCAGGACGUUUAGGCAUGUUUGAGCCAAAAACCUGAGGCUGAAGUAAGGCGAGGAUGUGGGAGGUAAACUGCCUGAGGGCUUAAAAGAAGGUUAACACAACCAUUCCUGCUCUGGAUGUCUUUCCAUAUCACAAGAGGCACAGGGAAAUAAUUGUAAGCAAACAAAGUCAACACUUCAAGGGUGGAGUAGAGGCUGGAUGUGGUGAGUAAGCAUUGCCAAGGGGACCAUCCAGAUGGGUAGUCGGGUUGUAGGGCUGUGGAUGUCCUAAGAGCCUGUAAACUGGGUGUAUUACCAGGGGCGAAAAGGCCCGGAGAAAGGAAAAGUAUGACCUUGGCAUAUGCCAGUCUUGACUCUGGCUGCCCACCCCCUCUUCAGCCUGGGAUUGUGGGGCACAUCAGCCCUGUGAUGAAUUCCUAGAGCCCUGCAUGCCCAACUCAUUCACAGUACUGUUCAUCUUAAGUUGCUCAACAGUAUAGGGUUUUUGGACUUCACAAUGAGCCAUACAUUUUCAGAGGGAGAUUUUCAGGUCUGGACUAAAGCUGGGAAGGUGAUUGAUACAAAUAUUUAACUGUAACGUGUCUUACUACAAAUUUCAAAUUGCACAAGGGGUGGAAGGUAUUUCUUCAGCCUGAGAUGUGUGUUAUAAUACCAGUUUAAUACUUUUUGCAGCAGAGAUGUUAUUUUCUACCCACUAUGCAACCAUUCAGUUGUUAUUUUUUUAACUAUUCCACAAGAAAUCCUAUUUUUCUUGCUUUUGUCUGUUUGUCUUAAUCAAAAUGAGAAUUACAUACAAGUUAUCUUUCCCAUCAGUACAACAAAUCAUAACAAAUUGGCAAUAUCUCUCAGUAAUGAUGGCUCCUUCACAGAUGUGCUAGUAACCCAUGCCAGAGGCACUUACACACCCAUACACCAUCACAAAUGCCGGCUUUGGAACCUUGCUUUGAUAACAAUCUAGAUGGUCAUUUCCCUCGCUAGCAAGGGGGAGUCAAUGGGCAUUAUUUAAAAAAAAUUGAAAUGUGGUCUUGUCAGACUGCUUUAGGCCAGACUAUCUCAAGCCAGCAGUGCUUCUGUAUGUUGAUGAUAUAGAGCUCAACAGUGUAGUUCAGGAAGUUAAAAUCCCAUACAUUUUCUCCCUAGUGGAAUUUUAUUUUUAGCCAUAUUAUCCAAAAUAUUCAAGUCAGACUUGUAAAAGCUUGUAAGAUAUUAACCUUCAGUUAAAGAAAACAUAGUUUAACUGUGAUCUCUGCCAGAAAUACUACAGUACCCACAAUCCUACAGUGUGACAGUGAUGUCUCUGAUUGGAAGAGUAUCCAGUAAUUAUGGAAAUGUCUACUGGGCCUGCAAAUGAUAGCUGUCAGCUAGAGAUGAUAUCCAUUCAUGUUGCCUUAGUAUGAAAAGAUAAAUACUCAAACUGCGAUACAUAAAGACCAUAUCAUUUAAAAUGUAAACUCUACAAUGAGGAUCAGCAUUGAUUAAAAAGUAGCUUGAAUUUCUGUCCUGAACAACAAACAAAAUGAAUCGCAAUGGAUUAUGGGAAAUGUAGUUCCUUUAUAUUCUUAGAGGAAUAUGCACACAGUUUUGUACCUUUUCCUUUUUCUACAUUUUCAAACCCCAUUUUGGCACCAAAUUGAAUGUUUUAUAGUCAUGAGUAUUCAGGUAGCCUGUUAGCUGGGUUCAUGCAUUCAGCUCAUUGUAAGAGAGAUUUUGCUAAAUGUCAAUGCAGGAUUAGAAUGGUGAAUGUUAUUUCUAGAACCAGUGCCAUUGGAAAAAAUGGACAAGCACUGUUGAGCGCUGUAUGGCUUUCACUUUGUAAGGUAGAGCCUUAACUUGGAUUCGUAGAUGCAGUGACUUGCUGCAUAACUGACGGUGGUUUUCUAGAGUGUUCCUGAGCCCAGGUUGUGGUACUUAUCACAGAAUGAUGGCGGUUUUUCAUGAAGAGACCUCUGAGAAUUUAAAGCUCGCAGGCAGUCAGUGUCGGUUUUUGGUAUGCCCCUUACAGGAAGAGAUUUGUCCAGAUGAUAUAAUGGACUAACCUUGCAAAGCAGAUGGAUACGCCCGUUUCCUUGUUUCUCAUUGGUGAAUCCAUCUUGCAAAGCUCCCGACUGAACCGUUUGGGCCCGCUUUUUUUUUUCUUCAUUAAAAGAAGAACAAAGAACAGCAGUGAGUUGUUUUCUUUUCAAAAACGAUGAAAGUUGUGUACUGACAUGUCUACAGUUGCCAUAGCUCGUGUUAUUCCCCAAUAGCUGCGCACGGGCACCUUGGUCGUGGCUACGUCACGUGUUUUGUUGUGACAUAGAACGUUCAUCCAAUCACACUUGGAGUUUUUUUGAAAUCCUCUGCCCUUUCCCAAACGCUUAGAAUUGAAGGUUUUCCAGAUAGGUGUGAAACAAAUCCAUCUGGCGUGUCGGGUUAAUAAUGGACUGUAGAUGGAGAAAUCCCUAAAUCCAUUGCAUUUAGGAAUAGGGUUGGGUAUUGUUUGUUUUUUUUCUGAUACUGGUGCUAAAUUGAUAUUUUUUAUACCUUGCAAGGUGCAUAAACAGUGCCUGAGUUGAUACUUUUGAGGGGAAAAAACGGGUGUAGAAAGUGAGCGGGUAUCAUAAAUGAUUUACAGAAAUAUCUUUAUGAGGGUGUCAGUCAAACAUGGAAUAUUAAAGGAAACCGGUGCAACUUAACACAUAAAUCAAAAAAAUUCCAUGACCUAUUUCUUGCCUUUCAUUGGGUGGGAGGGCAUCAAAAUGAUACUGUGUUGUAAUUCGGUCCGGUAGGUAUUGGAUGUGUAAGUACUGCUACCAUGUCAGUACCGGUUGUCCAAUCUCAUCCCUGUGUAGGAACAUUGUUCAUAAACUGUUUGACUGUUUCCCCACACAGUCUAUUACGAAGUGGAAAGCCAUCACCAUCAUUAACUGUGAACAACUCAGCUUAUCAGGAGUGCUCAUUUUGCUCAUUUUUUCAAUCAUGGGACUUACACCUGUUACUGUUUAGGCUGUGGAAUGUUCCAGGUGUUUUUAAGCAUUCCAAAAAUUUUCCAAUCUUUUCUUGCCUCUGUCUGAACUUUUUCAGGAUAUGUUGCAGGCUACAGAUCCAGACAGUAAAGUUUAUGUGUUUUAAAAAUAUAUCUCUUGUCUUUGCUGUAUCAGUUGAAUUUAGGUUGCAAGGAUUUGCAACUUACUGUAAUGCACUUUGUUUAUAUUUUGUUUGUAUUAUCUCACCUUUUUUUGGAUUUGAGGUUUGUCUAAUAAACUGUACAAGAAUAAGCUAUAAUCCAUCCCUGCAUCAAAACUGCAAUUGUUUUAAGGCAAUAAUCUGCAUCAACUAGUGGAAACAAAAAGAAGAGUCUGCCUGUAUCAGUGUCAUUAUCUUAAAUGUCUGAAUUCAAGGUGUGAUCUGAUUUCAAAUCCUGCCUUAGUUUGAAAUGUUCUCUUAAGAUUCAACUGCUUGAAAUGUGGACUCACUGCAAUACUUGCUGUUUGUACAUACAUGUGAUAUAGCAGUAUGUGUGUGUAUAUGCUGUAUAUAUUUAUACACGUCUAUAAAUUCAUUUGCAUUGUUUCAGUUAAGCACACCAAGCACAGAUCUGUGUAUUAUUCUCCUGACAAUCAAUUUUAAUUAAAUGGUGAAAACCUUUAUUUUAUUCCA